AUGUCGAGUCUUAAGCCUUUCGUCCUCUUGACGGGGCUCAACGGCUAUGUGGGAGCUCACGUUCUCUCAACGCUCAUCGCCCAGGACUACCGUGUGCGAGGCACCCUACGCUCUCUGUCCAAAUCCACCUUUCUCGCACAAAAAUACCCCGAAGCCACCAAAUCUGGAGACCUCACCUUUGUCGAAGUGCCAGACAUUCAAGCCCCUGGUGCGCUGGACCAGGCUGUUGACGGGGUGGAUUAUAUCUGUCACGUCGCGAGUCCCUAUUUCAUCUCGUCAAACGACCCGAUCAAAGAGCUGGUGGAGCCGGCCGUGAACGGUACACGGAAUGUCAUGUCGUCGGCGUUGAAGUCGAAGACACUGAAGAGAAUGACCAUCAUCAGCUCCUUCGCGAGCGUGGUCGAUCUUUCCAAAAACCCGCGGCCGGGAUAUGUGUAUACCUCUGACGACUGGGAUCCGGUCACGAUGGAAGAAGCGGCCAGGGAUGGAUAUUACGGCUACCACGCUUCCAAGACAUUUGCCGAGCGCGCCGCGUGGGACAUCUGGCGAAGUGCAAAGGAGAAAGGGGACAUCAGCUGGGACCUGGUCACGUUCUGUCCGCCAAUGGUGUAUGGCCCACCAAUUCAAGAGGUGGAUGUUGCGAAGGGGGUGGAAGGGUUGAAUACCAGUCUCAAGAGGCUCGUUACCUCCGUUCAAGGCAAGGAUCCAAACUUUGCGCCCCAGGUUGCAACCUCGGGGUUGCCUGCAUGGGUGGAUGUCAGAAAUGUGGCCGAGGCGCACUUGAGGAGUCUGCAGUUAGAGAAGGGCGUGAGCGAGAGGUUCCUCCUCUGCGGCGGAGUCGACUACUUUGAAGACGGCCUCGCCGGAUUGAGGGCAAAAGGAGAGAAGGGAUUAGAAGAAGAAGGGGCGCAUUGCGUGCCCGGCAGGCAUUUCAGCAUCGACAGGAGCAGGGCGGAGGAGAUGCUGAAAUUAGGGUUUACGCCGUUCCAGAAGACGGUCGAGGACACCUGGGACGCUGUCAAGAAGUUGGGCUUGAUUUGA